AAUUAGCUUUCUGUUCUGUGCUCCUGCACAGAUAAUGGAAAUGGCAGGAGAGAGAAUAGGAUUGAAAGAAGAGUUGAUUAGUAGAGCAUCUGCCAUUGCCAUUAAAGCUCACAAUUUAUGUACUGAUAAGCCUUACUUGUGUGAGAGAUCUAGUAGCUUGUCAUCGGAACUGAUCUUUGGGUUCGCAGGCAGCUGGGAUGUUGGCAACUGGUUUACACAUAAGCCUUUCGGAGAUGCGAAGAUCAAUCUUAGUAUCUUCCCUUCCCUGAAACAGAUUGGAAGCAAUGAGGCUGCAACAGUAAACUAUGCAUUUCUUCAAAGAUUUGAAGCAUUGAUGGCUAAUACUACGCUCAAAAAUGAGGUGGAAAAUGCUGCAACAGAUGGUAAACAGAUUGUGUUUACCGGACAUUCCUCAGGUGCAGCAAUAGCUAUCUUUGCAGCUCUGUGGUUCUUGGAAUCCCAGAGUCAGAGACAAAUAAAUCACAUACCGCCUCAUUGUAUAACUUUUGGAUCGCCUCUUGUGGGUGAUAAAAUUAUGAAUCAUGCCAUGAAACGAGAACACUGGAGCCGACAUUUCACACACUUCAUCAUGAGAUAUGAUAUCAUCCCGCGAAUUUCUCUCACUCCUUUUCCAUCGAUUGAGCGAGAAUUACAGCCAAUUCUUCAUUACUUCAAUCCAAAUUCUCCAUUUUAUGCAAGUGAGUCCAUUGAAAGAACAGGGGAAGUUUCGAUGUUUGUUUCGACAGUAAUCAGAAAUGCUGCAGUAGUGACCAGCCAUGUUGCCUGUAAAUUCAUGGGGUGUACAAACUUGCUACUGGAAAAUGUUACCAAUUUCAUUGAGCUUAGCCCCUAUAGACCUUUCGGAAACUACAUCUUUUGUGCUGGGAAUGGAAAAUUUAUCAUACUGGAAAAUUCGGAAGCCAUUCUUCAGAGCUUAUACUACUGUCUUCAAUUAGGUUCAGAAUCAGAGUGGGGUGAUGUUGUUCAGAGAAGUCUGAAAGAACAUUUAAUCUAUGAGCAUGAAUUACAUGAGAGGAUAGACAUACCAAGGGUAGCUUACUUGGAGAAACUGGAAGAUUUGCCAUUAUCUACAGAGAACAAAGGAGAUAGUGGAAAUGUGCCCAUAUGUGACGGCUUGAAUGAUUUAGGUUUGAGUUCAAGAGCUAGACUAUGUCUUCGAGCAGCCGGAGAGCUAGAAAAACAGAAAGCUAGAAAUCAGAUCAAGAUUAAUAGCAACAAGAACAGAAUUAAAGAAGUGCUCGGUAUGCUGGAAAGAUAUCAAAGCAAUUGUCAAGUCCGAAAAGUAGGCUACUAUGAUGCCUUUAAGAUGCAAAAGUUCACUGAAGACUUCAACAACAAUAUAAGGAGAUUAGAACUAGCAGGCAUAUGGGAUGAGAUUAUCGAGAUGUUGAAGAGAAACGAGUUACCUGAAGAGUUUGAGGGGCAGAAAGAAUGGAUUGAGCUUGGUACCAAGUACAGGCGUCUUGUUGAGCCCCUGGACAUUGCCAAUUACUACCGCCACUUGAAAAAUGAAGACACUGGGUCAUACAUAAGCAAAGGAAGGCCAUCCCGUUACAAAUAUACACAGAAAUGGCGUGAAAAAGGAGAGAAAAUACAGGCAGACCCCAUGCCAGAAUCCUGCUUCUGGGCCGAGGUUGAGGAGCUUCGCAUAAUAACCCGUAACACAGAAUUCUCUGAAGAAGUCAAAGAGAGAGUUCUCCAUCUUGAAAAAAAAGUAUCAUUAUGGGCCCAGAAUGAGCUCCUGGGCACGGAUGUAUUCUUGAAUGAUUCAACCUUUGUCCAGUGGUGGAAGACGCUACCCAUCCAGCAUAGAUCAAUAUCUUGCAUCAGAGAUCUAUUUCAUGACUAGUUUCAGUCUAUCAUAGAGUUUGCAAUUAGCAUGAAUAUGCAAUUAACAUGUAAUGCUUUGAUUAAAGGUUUCAUUUUUCUGAGUCCGCCCUUGUAAUUAAGACAGCAGCUUUGACACUAGAGAGAUUUGCAUAGUGCUCUGUACCUAGAGCUUAAGAACUCUUUACAUCAGAAAGAUAGCAUUAGAACCAAUAUUCUGUAGUCUAUAUACCUACAAGGAAAUAAACUUGAUAAUUGUAAGUUAAUAUUCUGAAAGAUAACUCAAAGUGCCCCUUUAUGACUAUAAAAACAGUGAUAACAGAUUUCAUGUACAGAAGACACACAAUACCUACACCAUCAUCACUAUCACCCUCAUCAUAACCAGUAUAUCCCGCUCAUAGAAACAAUACCCAUGCCACUAACUAGAGAAUAUGUAUUCAGGUUCUGGACAAUAGCGGAUGACAUAUUUUGAAUGUGGACAAACAUAGUAGCUAGUAAGGCUUUACUCCCUUCGCCUCAAUUUUUGAUUCGAGAGUUCUUUGUAAUAAGGCGAAACUCAAAGAGACUGAGAGCAUAUCUUAGGUAUUCAAUACUUCCUCCCCAUUCCCACCUAAACAAUUUAUGAAGGUGCAGAUUUCUUCAGGCAAAAAAAUUUCAUC